CACUAUAAUAUUCCCAACUCCCCUCGGGCCAAUCAAAUCACCCAAAAGUCCAAAGCCCCUGGGCCCACACUUGGAUUCUUCCGAAGCCCAAUUUAGACUUGACUUCCGCAUCUCCGUCAAGCGACUCUCACUAUGAAGAAGCCUAUCGGCAUCUCCAUUUUUUCUUGCUCGUUAUAAUUUCUUGAAAAUAAUAAUAAAAAAAAGGGAGAAAAAGUAUUAAUUUACAUGGCUUCUUCUUCUUCGUCGUCGGACUUAUGUCCGCCGCUGGGGUUCUCAGCGAAGUAUUACUCGGUGUCGGCCUCCGGCGAGUGUACGAGACAGAGCAGCUUCUUUCAGGGGGAAGCAGUGCUGAGCCAAGGAGUUGGGUACUCUGUGGUUUUGGGCUUUGGAGCGUUUUUUGCGGUCUUCACUUCCUUAUUGGUGUGGCUAGAGAGGCGGUAUGUUGGAUCUCGUCAUACAUCUGAGUGGUUCAACACUGCUGGUAGAAAUGUUAAGACAGGACUCAUUGCCAGUGUUAUCGUGUCGCAGUGGACAUGGGCUGCAACAAUCUUGCAAAGUUCCAAUGUUGCAUGGGAAUAUGGAAUCAGUGGUCCUUUCUGGUAUGCCAGUGGUGCUACCAUUCAGGUUCUUUUAUUUGGCGUCAUGGCCAUUGAAAUCAAAAGAAAGGCUCCUCAAGCGCAUACCGUUUGUGAAAUUAUAAAAGCGCGAUGGGGAACUGCAGCUCAUGUUGUAUUUCUUUUAUUCUGCUUCAUGACCAAUAUAAUCGUGACUGCCAUGCUCCUGCUUGGUGGUUCUGCAGUUGUUAAUGCACUCACUGGUGUGAAUAUUUAUGCUGCGAGCUUCCUCAUUCCACUUGGUGUAAUUGUAUACACAUUGGCUGGAGGAUUAAAGGCCACUUUCCUGGCGAGCUACAUUCAUUCAGUCAUAGUGCAUAUUGUUUUGGUCAUCUUUGUUUAUCUGGUUUAUACCGCAAGUAGUGAGCUCGGGAGUCCAAAAGUUGUAUAUCAUCACCUAUUGGAGGUUGCUAGCAAAUCUAGAGCAUGUCAGGAUCCUAUUUCGCAUGUUGGUCAAGCAUGCGGGCCUGUGAGCGGAAACUACAAGGGCUCCUAUUUGACCAUGUUAAGCUCAGGUGGCCUUGUUUUUGGCAUCAUCAACAUUGUGGGAAACUUUGGUACGGUCUUUGUGGAUAAUGGAUACUGGGUUAGUGCCAUAGCUGCACGACCAUCAUCGACCCACAAGGGAUACUUGUUAGGUGGGCUUGUGUGGUUUGCAGUCCCGUUCUCUCUGGCAACGUCAUUGGGUCUAGGUGCUCUUGCUCUUGAUCUUCCGAUAACUGCAAGUGAAGCUAGUCAUGGCCUCGUUCCUCCGGCUACAGCAAUAGCCUUGAUGGGAAAAGCAGGAUCUGUGCUUCUUCUAACCAUGCUUUUUAUGGCUGUGACUUCUGCUGGUUCCUCAGAGCUAAUAGCUGUUUCUUCCUUGUGCACGUACGACAUCUAUCGAACCUAUAUUAACCCAGAUGCAACAGGAAAGCAAAUCCUCAAGGUCUCGAGAGGAGUUGUCCUUGGCUUUGGAUUGUUCAUGGGUGUAUUAGCAGUGAUCCUGAAUAAGGCUGGAGUUUCUCUUGGUUGGAUGUAUCUUGCCAUGGGAGUAAUAAUUGGCUCCGCUGUACUUCCUGUAGCUUUCAUGCUCUUAUGGCGUAAGGCAAAUGCAUUUGGGGCUAUCAUAGGAACUGUUUUUGGUUGCAUUCUUGGAAUAGUCACAUGGUUGUCAGUGACGAAAGUAGAAUACGGAAUUGUUAAUCUUGAUACUACUGGCCGGAAUGCUCCAAUGCUCGCUGGAAAUCUCGUGUCGAUACUCACUGGUGGGUUUGUUCAUGCUGCGUGUAGUGUUAUUUGGCCACAGAAUUAUGAUUGGGAGACAACCAAGCAGAUAACUACUGUUGAGAAAGUGUACAGCGAGUUGCCUGAUGAAGAGUUCAAGGAGGAGAAGCUGGUUAGAGCUAAAUCAUGGAUUGUUAAGUGGGGUGUGGCCUUCACUGUUGUUAUUGUUAUAUUGUGGCCGCUGCUUUCUCUUCCAGCAGGGAAAUUUAGCUUGGGUUACUUCACCUUUUGGGCAGUCAUCUCCAUUAUAUGGGGAACCGUCGCAUCAGCAGUGAUCAUUAUCUUACCCUUGAAGGAGAGCUGGGAUACGAUCACAAGCAUCUGCAUGGGCAUGUUCACAAACGAAAAGCUAACAGAAAAGAUCGAUGAAAUGAACUUCAGGUUGAGAGCUAUUAUGGUGGCCAUGCCUGAGGCAGAGGAAAUUUACGUGCGCGAGAAGGAGAAGGCCAGGAAACUAGAAGCUGCUGGAGGAAAGCAGUCCUAGUAUUUUCAUCAAUUGUUAUAUCACAAUCAACAAGUGGUUAUCUUAGAGAUCUCUAUCGGUGAGUCCUGUGAGACGUUCAAGGUGAACAGAAGCCAGCUUUAGCAUGUUUGUGCUGCUGUAUUUACUGAUCUCUUUAGUGUAGAAAAACAAACAUGUAAAAAAAUUGUGAUUUCCUUUGUCAUUACAUAGAAAAGGCUUGAACGACGAAACGAUUUGUAACAUUUGAGGUCAGAUUGCACUUGAAAAGUUCACAGGGCUCCCAAUUUUAAUGAAGAACGCUUGAGGAGUUGGUGUUGAA